UCGAGAAACAAUUCUUCUACGGCGACCGAAUGUCUCUACUAGGCUGUUGAAAGGCAGAAGUCUUUAUCGCCGACUCUCUUGGGACAAUCAUGUCGACAAUAGCUAUGACCCCAAUGCACGUCGAUGACAUGGCCAUUCCCGUUAUGGUGGAACCCGUGAGUAGUGCGCUCGCAACUGAUUCCUUAGUGUUGGGUGAAUUACCUAGAUCCGCAGAAGCUUUCGGUCCUGCCUCCAUUGUCCGUGCCUUCUUGUACUUCGUGCUUCAAUCCCCAAAUUCAUUCAGAGAUUGCGACUCAGUGCACUCGACGUGCAUGAUUACUCGGACUCCCUCGUAUCCGACCUGCGAAGAAAUGUGCAGAUCGGAAAUGGAUCAUAUAAAGUCUGCUCCCUUGACCUCUCGCAUCUUCAUCGUCUUCGCCUCUUUCUUCCGGUUUGUCUCCUUGAGCCUACGAACCGAAUUCCGGAAAUUGCAGAAAUGGUGCGAACGGCGAUAUCAUUCCUCCAGUGAAAAUUUGGAGAGAUUGCUCUGCGGCAGUGAAAACUUGGCUUCCUGUUCCUAAGUUGUCCACGGUGCGCACGAC